UCCCAGACUGGCUCCCCCUUUCGGUGGGCUCGUGUUACUGCAUCUCUCUCGGCAUUGUCACAAAUGAACACUGUGACGCUUAGAGCCAACAUGGCGGAGAGCGAAAGCCUGGAGACUAUCACCGAACAUGAACGAAUAUUACAGGAGAUCGAGAGCACGGACACGGCGUGCGUGGGGCCGACGCUACGAUCCGUUUAUGAUGAUCAGCCCAACGCACACAAAAGGUUUAUGGAGAAACUUGAUGCCAGAAUACGCAACCAUGACAGAGAGAUUGAGAAAAUGUGCAACUUCCAUCAUCAGGGAUUCGUGGACGCCAUCACAGAACUGCUGAAAGUCCGAGCGGAUGCUGAGAAACUGAUGGGCCAAGUGAGUGACACCAAUCGAAGACUUCAAGACGCCGGACGGGAGGUGACGGCCCAAACGGAGGAGGUCAUCCGCUGCCGGGUUCAACAGAGGAACAUGGCCACCACUGUGGAGAAGUUGCAGCUCUGCAUUCCCGUCCUGGAAAUGUACAGCAAAUUGAAGGAGCAGCUUGAAUCGAAAAGAUACUACUCUGCAUUGAAAACUAUGGAGCAGCUAGAAAACAUUUAUAUUCCCAGAGUGAGCCAGUACAGGUUCUGCCAAAUUAUGGCUGAGACACUCCCUAAACUCCGAGAGGAGAUUAAGGAGAUCUCCAUGUCUGACCUGAAAGACUUCUUGGAGAGUAUCCGAAAACACUCGGACAAGAUUGGUGAAACUGCAAUGAGACAGGCUCAGCAGCACCGUACGUUUAACAGUGCGGUGCAGAAGCAGGACUCUCUGAGCUGUGCCAAACCUCUGUACGGUCUGAACGGCCGGACACCCCUCCAUCACAAUGGCCUGAGCACAGAGGCAGCGGAUGAAGAGGAGAUGGAUGAGGAGGUCUUGACGGCGCAGGAUCUGGUGGAUUUUUCACCAGUCUACCGAUGUCUUCACAUCUACACUGUUUUGGGAGACAGAGAGACAUUUGAAAAUUACUAUAGGAAGCAAAGAAAAAAACAAGCAAGACUGGUUCUGCAGCCUCAAUCUAACAUGCAUGAAACAGUGGAGGGCUACAGGAAGUACUUUAAUCAGAUUGUUGGGUUCUUUGUGGUGGAAGAUCACAUAUUACACGCCACACAAGGUCUGGUGACCAGAGCCUUCACAGAUGAGCUGUGGAACAUGGCUCUGUCCAAAAUCAUCGCAGUGCUCCGCACUCACUCUUCCUACUGCAAUGAUCCCGACCUGGUCCUAGAACUGAAGAACCUGAUAGUAAUAUUUGCAGACACUUUACAGGGUUAUGGCUUCCCUGUGAACAGACUUUUUGACCUUUUGUUUGAGGUUCGAGAUCAGUACAAUGAAACAUUGCUCAAGAAAUGGGCCCUGGUGUUCAGGGAUAUUUUUGAGCAGGACAACUACAGCCCCAUUCCAGUGGAGAAUGAAGAGGAGUAUAAGGCUGUGGUCAGUCGCUUCCCCUUCCAUGAUGCAGAGAUUAAACAGCAACAAUUUCCAAAGAAGCUGCCCAUGUCCCAGUCAGUGCCUCAAAUUUACUCUCAAGUAAAGGAGUUUAUUUACGCCAGCUUGAAGUUCUCAGAGUCACUCCAUCGCAGCUCAACCGAGAUUGACGACAUGCUCCGUAAAUCCACCAACCUCCUGCUGACGAGGACGUUGAGCAGCUGCUUACAAAACCUCAUCAAAAAGCCGCACAUAGGAUUAACAGAGCUAGUUCAAAUUAUCAUCAACACCACCCACUUAGAGCACGCGUGUAAAUACCUGGAGGAUUUUAUCACGAACAUCACCAACGUUUCCCCGGAAACGGUUCACACCACAAGACUCUACGGGCUUUCCACCUUCAAGGAUGCCAGACACGCAGCCGAAGGAGAGAUAUACACCAAACUCAACCAGAAGAUCGAUGAGUUCAUUCAGCUUGCCGAUUACGAAUGGGGCAUGGCAGAGUCGGACGGCAGGGCCAGCGGCUACCUCAUGGACCUCAUUAACUUCCUGCGCAGCACCUUCCAGGUCUUCACGCACCUUCCGGGUAAGGUGGCGCAGACGGCGUGUAUGUCUGCCUGUAAGCACCUGGCCACAUCGCUGAUGCAGAUGCUUCUGGAUACUGAGCUCAAACAGAUCAGCAUGGGAGCCAUUCAGCAGUUCAACCUGGACGUCAUACAGUGUGAACUGUUUGCCAGUUCAGAGCCCGUGCCAGGAUUCCAGGGGGACACGCUGCAGUUGGCCUUCAUUGACCUCCGACAGCUUCUAGAUCUGUUUAUGGUGUGGGAUUGGUCUACGUACCUGGCAGACUACGGACAGCCCACCUCGAAGUACCUGCGGGUUAACCCCUCCACUGCGCUAGCACUUUUGGAGAAGGUCAACAGGGGGAUGAAAGACACAAGUAAAAAGAACAACAUCUUCUCCCAGUUCAGGAAGAACGACCGUGACAAGCAGAAAUUGAUCGAGACGGUGGUAAAGCAGCUGAGAAGUCUGGUGAACGGAAUGUCCCAGCAUUCCUAGAGUCGUUCACUGAACUCCAAACACUGGGCUGGGUUUGACAACGUAACUUAUAAACUAUAUUAUACUUCUUGCUUUGGCCCUUUUUUCAAGUCGCUGUAAGGUAACUCUCAAAGUACUGUGGUAUAUUUUGACUGCAUCCUCCAUGUCUUCUGCCAAAAUAUUCACCACUGUAGGCUAAUAAUGUAAAUCGAAGAAGAAGAAAACAGAAGUUAUGCAGUAAUUUUUUUGUAAUGUAUUUUUAAAGGUUGAGAAUUAUGUUUUGUACGUUGUGAAAGUGCAAUGACUCUAACACUACACUUGAGAGAGCGGAGGUGUGUAUGUGACUGCUGAUGCUGAUGGUCAUAUUGCAACCUGUAUGAAAUUCUCCCUAGUGUAACAAGGAUGAAGUUUUUAUUGUAAAUAUUUUUAAAUGUAUUUAACACUGCUAUGGAAUCAUGCUUCCCAUCAGUCUGCCUUGAGUUGAAUGUGACUCAGAUUAGGUAACUUAUAAAUGAUAAAAACAUUUGCAUGAGAAUGCUUCAUUUUUUCCUUUUAAGUUGGCAGACUUUGUUCAAACUUGUGUGCACAGAAAGCACUUCUUAAUGUAAAAGAAUCUAAAAUUGUCAGCUACAUUUCACUGAAUGAUGUACAAAUGCGCCACAGAAGAAUUAUAUUUAAUUUUUAUUUUCUCAGGGUGAAAUGAAAGCUUUGGGUUUAAAUGCUUUAGAAUCUCAUUUCAAGAUGAAAAUAAAUAAGCAAUAAUUGGUCCAGCUGCAGACUGUGCAAAGUUGCAUUAAAAAAAAUCCACAUUCAUUUCGUUAUUCACUUAUGGUUUUAUUUUGUUUCUUAAAAUUUAUUUUUACAGGCAUUUUGCACUGAAAAUUAUUUAAGUUUUAACAAGCAACUGUAUGCUUAUGUAUUUAAAGUACCAUUGUAUAUAUACCACAAUAUUUUGUUAAAAUUGGGGGGGAAAAUGGAAUGUAAAGAUAAAACAUUUGUCAUUAGCUCGGAGAGUGUUUCCAUAUUUCCAUUUCCUGGAAAUUUACGACACUAAUAUUGGUUUCACUUUAAAAUAACUCUCAUAACUUAAAGACUUGCUUAACAAUUUAGUAGUUCUAUAAUAUUCAAAUAUCAAAACAGAUGAAUCGUGGUUUCAAGACAUUACAAGUAUUUGAAUGUACAUUAGCCAAUGAUCUGUUAAGCAUUAUAUAAUGUUUGUUAACAUUAUUUAUGAAAGUUAUUAUAAAGUGUCAAAGUGUCAUGAUAUUCAAUAUUUCAAUGAGGCAGACAGAAUCACAAUAUCCAUAACUCUCUAACUGGCAUUACCUGGAGUUACACAAACCCAAGUGACUUCAGUUGUUUUCAAAGCCCACUCAUUUUUAUUUGUGUGCUUUAAUAAAAUAUUAUCACAAAAAUA